CAAUCGAAACAGCGCCCCAAAUAGUUGACGUUUUUAUUUUAUUCGUAUUCAACACCUUUAAAAACCAAACUUAGGAUGAAGUAUUUCGCCGUUCUCUUGUUGCUCUGCUCACUGCUGGGCGCAACGCUUGCCACCUUGAAGAACCCUGCCUGCGGGGAGGAGUUUGGUAAAAUCGGCAACUGUCGCGCACUGCAAAAGAUGUGGACCUAUCGCCGGGACACCAAUGAAUGCAUCAACUUCAACUACAGUGGCUGCCACGGCAACAGCAACCUCUUCGAAUCGAAAAGCCUGUGCGAGACGACAUGCAAAGUUUAAGCGUCGAUAACGGGUAACCUGACUUGUUGCUAUGUUUAGUGCAGUUGAUAAUUAAAAUCAUGAAACGCGCAAUUGAAAUUUUGUAAUAUGA